ACAUCAUUCGCGUUCCGAGUAAGCUCUCGCGUAGAUAACGCAAUAAAAUGCAAACGAUGCCGAAAACCCCUGUCGCACGAGGUCACUAGGAAGUGAGAAAGUCUGGGGAAAGCACUUGAGAGCGUUUCGCUCGGAGUAAUUUGCGUAUCACCAAAGAAAACUCUUUGACGCAAAUGGUACAUGAGCAUUCCUUGAUGAAUUUAUUGCGCGACUACGAUUGAAAUCUCGCAGACAGCGUGCGAUGUUACCCGAUUUAAGCAAAUAAAAUACACGAGAGACUCGGACGAGCUGUUGAACUUGUGGAGGAUACUAUAUGCGCUUCACACUUGUGUAAUGUCUUUCGUGAGGGGAACGAUGUCAGCCAGUUGAAGAUCCAGGGGAUGUUACUGGAAAGACCUCUUCUGAUUACGAACCCCGCUUCCAUCAUUGAGAAGCUCUGCGAACAUGAGGUCCGGAAGAUGAACAUGUCUGAAGAACAAAUAAACUGCACUAUUAGCCACGAGAUUCACCAGUAUCUGUUCUCGGGCGCAUACAUCUUAGUCUUGCUUGUGGGUUUACCAGCAAACGCUUACUCGCUGUACCACGCCUGGCUGCAGCUGAAAGCCCGCAACGAGCUGGGGGUCUACUUGCUGAACCUGACCGUAUCGGAUCUGCUGUACCUGGCGUCCUUGCCCCUUUGGCUGCAGUACAUUUUCCAGGGGGACAACUGGAGCGGCUCGGAGUGGCUCUGUCAACUAUGCGGCUUCCUGCUCUACGAGAACAUUUACGUCAGCAUCGGUUUCCUGUGCUGCAUCUCCAUAGACCGUUACCUGGCUGUGGUCUACCCCUUCCGUUUCUCGACUUUCCGAACGGUGCGAGCGGCGGCGCUGGUGAGCACUGCAGUAUGGCUCAAAGAGCUCGCCGUGGGUGUGGUGUUCUUCCGGCACAAGGAGCUGAGCAGGGACAAGCACAACCAAUCAGUGUGCUUCGAGCACUAUCCCAUGAAGACAUGGGAGUACCCCAUAAACUACUACCGAUUUUACGUAGGCUUCUUGUUUCCUUUAGGAAUCCUUUCCGUCUCGUACUUCCGAGUCCUCCGGGCGGUGGGAAAGAGCGCGGGCACGCAGACGGCCCAAAAAACCCGCAUCAAGUAUCUGGUGACCAGCACCAUCAUCAUCUUUCUGGUGUGUUUCUCGCCGUACCACGUCUUCCUGCUGGUGCGUACGCUUCUGGAGAGGGACUGCGCCUUCAUCGAGAACAUUUUCAACUAUUAUCACUUCUCUCUGUUGCUUACAAGCUUUAACUGCGUGGCAGACCCGGCACUGUACUGUUUCAUCAGCGAGAGCGCCCAAAAGGACAUCCAGAAGGUGCAAGACGCCUGCACUCGUAUCUUCUGCUGUUGCUCCAAAAGUCACGGAACAUUUAGCACGAACUCCACCGAACUGGCAGUGACUAACAACAACGGAACAGGCACCACUCUGGUGACGCUGUUGCAGCAGAUCAAAACCGAAGUUUGAACGGCUUCGCUUUGUUGUUUUUGUGCUUUUGUCUUUAAAAAGCGGACACCAGAGAAUUUAGGAGCACAAUGAAUACAAGUUUGUAAAUGUUCAGCGGCAUACCAGCAUUUAUUGGCUUAAAGCAUUUUUGAAUACCUUUCGCAGCCUAAAAUGAAAGGAAUGUUCUAAAAUGAAAUCACAUAUGUAAAGGUCUGGGUACAUCUAGUUGUGGAGUUUCAUUCUCAGGGAUCGCUACCUUGAUAAUCACCAGUGGUUGACAUUUGUGGUUUGAGGAACGGACGGCUAAAACCAUCACAUUGCAUUCCAAGUCCCUUUAGCUACAUCUGCAAAAGUAUAUUUGAGAAAUUAUUUUAAAGCUAUUUCUGAUUUGAAGGUUUUCCUUGUUCCAGUAACGCUCGCACAAGAGAGGAAAUAGUAUAAAGCAUCCAAAAUGCAUUCAAUCUCAUGUUGCUCCAAAGCCAUAUGCCUUUCUUCUGUGGAACAGUGUUAAAGCGUUUACCUAAAAAUAAAUAUUCAGUCACCAUUUACUGACCGUCUUGUCAUUUUCAACCUGUAUGUCUAUCUUUCUUCUUCAGAACACAAAAGAAGAUAUUUAGAAGAAUGUUGGUAACCGUUGGUAAUUCUUCGGUUACCAACAUUCUGCUUAAUAUCAUCUUUUGUGUUCGACAGAAGAAAGUCAUAUAGGUUUGAAGUGACGAGAGUUAGUAAAUGAUGACAGAAUAUUUUUAGGUGAACUAUGCCCUUAAGCAAAAGGAUCACGCGAAACAAAAAAACGGUGUAAUGUUAUUUGUUUGUUUGUUUCAAUGUUUACAUGGUUUAACAAACAAUUUUUGUGAGAGAUUUUAAAAGGGUGAUAUGACACGACUAAUACGAAUAUUAUCGUUUGUUUUAGAUGUAAUGCAAUGUGUAUACAUGAUUUAAGGUUCAAAAACGCUGUAUUUUCCACAUACCGUGCAUGUUUGUAUCUCCUUUUUGCCCCGCCUCUCUGAAACGUGCAGAUUUUUAACAAAGCUCAUCGCUCUGAAAAGCGAGGUGUCCUAUGAUUGGCCAGUUAACCAGUGCGUAGUGAUUGGUCAAAUACUGCAAGCGUGUGAUGGAAAUGAAACGCCUCUUACCAUAUUUGGAACAUCAGGUUCCAAAGCAAUUGUACUGACAGGUGCGCCCACCUUACUUGCGUAUACAUUUGGGCGGUCUUAGUCAAAUCAUACCACGAACUGACGUGGAUUUGUGGGGGUGUGGUUACACGAGGCGUUUCAACAGCAUUCGCUUUUAGAUAGAAUGCAUCUUUUGUUCCCCCACUUUCAUUUUUGCAAUUUUACGUGUCUAAUACAUGCAUGGGCAAUUUAGAACACAGAAAAACACGUCUUCGUGCCAUAUGACCCCUUUAAAGCUGCUCUGGAGAAGAAGAAAGUUACAUUUCUUGAAAGUAAAUUUAGGCUUUGGUCAAAAGCUGAUGGUGCUUUUCUGUCAUUUUUUAAGCUUGACAGCGUCCAGUCUCGUUAUCAUUGCAUAGAAAAGGAAAAGCUCAGUUUAAAUUCCACAGAAAAGAUAUUGAAAGGUUUGGCGCAACAUGUAGGUGUGUAAAUGGUUAUUGAGUUUUUAUUUUUGUGUGACCCACAGUGCUCUAGAACAUUUUUUUGGUGUGAGAAACUAUAAAGUGGGUGUAGGGUCAGUCAGCCCUAUUUAACCUGGACAGCAACCCACUGCGAUUUAAUAUCCUGGGAAAAUAUGUGAAGGACAGAGCAAUACUCGCCUCUAGAAAUCACAAACUUUCUGUUUGCUCAAAGCAAAAGGGUAAAUAAAGAUGAGUGUUUGGUGUAGUGUUUACAUUUCUUAGAGUGAAGUGACUGCAGCUACUUGUCAGUACCAGAUCUUGAACUAUAGAAACUGGUAAAAUAAGAAAUGCUCUCCGAUGCUUGUUUUCACCCAGUGUUUACCAACACAUCCUCAACAUGCAUGCAGUUUGUACAUUUACAGUGUGUACACAACUCAAGCUUGUAUUCUGAAUAUUUUACAAGAGUUCACAUAUUGACUGCAGGUCCUUUUUUAUUGGUUUCUUUGUAUUUUUUAAUCUGUGUUGUAACUUCGAAGAGGUUUUGUUCUGUGCAUUGGUGUAAAUCCAAAAGCACAGCUCUUCCUCACCGAACCUGUUGAUGAAAGUUGCCAUAGCUGCAUAUUCUGUGAGUAUUGCCAACAUGAUCAGUGUUAAGUGACAUUACCUUUAAAAGGAGCACAGUAUAUUACUGCAUUCCUAAUUAAUAAAAGUAACUCAUUUCCAUAUUCCAUAGCGUUGUUUUCGUGCAGUAGUUGUAGGUUUUGUUGCAUCUGGUAGUAAUUGCUUCUAUUGUUUGUUUAUCGUUUAGUCACUUUGGAUAAAAGCAUCUACUAAAUGUACUACGUACAUUUGGCUCGCAGGCUUCUGUGGAGUCUAAUUAUCUGAACGGUUUCAGAUUGAUUCAUGAAAAAUAAUGACGUUAUAAAAAUGCUGGGUUGGUUCAACCCACAGUUGGGUAAAAUACGGACCAAAGCUAUGACUUCACUUUUAGGGUUGAACCAAUGGCUUUGUCCAUAUUUUACCCAACCAUAGGCUAAAAAUUGAAACUGCAGCAUUUUUAGAGGUGUAGGUUAUGUAAAAUUGACCCAGCAGCACUUUUUCUGACUACUUUGGUUCUGA